CGCCUUCCUUCGCGCCAACAAUUUGCCAUCACCCUCAAUCUAUCUCACAGCAUCAGCGAGGACAUCUCACGUACUACUCAGAACAUAGACUUACCUACUUCAACCGGUUCUAAACCCGCUCUCGACCACUUCGGACCUAGGCUCCUCUGCCUUGGUAAAAGCGACGCGCUUCAACAGACAGAGUUUUCCCAUCUAGAUCACCUUUUAUCUCACCACAAACCAUCAACAUGUCUCACGAGGAAGAUCUCAUCGACUACUCCGACGAGGAGCUUCCCACCACCGACGCGGCCGCGACCACCGCUGCUCCCGCCGCCAAUGGAGAGGACAAGAAGGGCGACUUGACUGUUUCUGGCGGCCGCUCCGACAAGAAGGGCAGCUAUGUCGGUAUCCACUCGACCGGUUUCCGUGACUUUCUGCUGAAGGAAGAACUUCUGCGUGCCAUCACCGACUGCGGUUUCGAACAUCCAUCGGAGGUCCAGCAAGUUUGCAUUCCCACCGCCAUCUUGAACGUCGAUGUUCUGUGCCAGGCCAAGUCUGGUCUCGGUAAGACUGCAGUCUUCGUCCUCACCACAUUGCACCAGCUAGAGCCUGUUCCGGGAGAGUGCUCGAUCCUCGUUAUGUGCCACACUCGUGAGUUGGCCUACCAGAUCAAGAACGAAUAUGCUCGUUUCAGCAAGUACCUUCCCGAUGUCCGCACCGCCGUCUUCUACGGUGGUACUCCCAUCCAGAAGGAUCUGGAGGUCUUGGCGAACAAGGAGUCUUACCCCAACAUUGUCGUUGGUACUCCCGGUCGUCUGAACGCUUUGGUCCGCGACAAGAAGCUGUCUCUGCGCAAUGUCAAAGCUUUCGUUCUUGACGAGUGUGACAAGAUGCUUGACCAGAUUGACAUGCGCCGUGAUGUCCAGGAGAUCUUCCGUGCUACCCCCGCCGAUAAGCAGGUCAUGAUGUUCAGUGCCACCCUCUCUCAGGAGAUCCGGCCGGUCUGCAAGAAGUUCAUGCGCAACCCUCUCGAAGUCUACGUCGACGACGACACCAAGCUCACCCUUCACGGUCUUCAGCAAUACUACAUCAAGCUCAGCGAGGCGGAGAAGAACCGUAAGUUGAACGACCUUCUGGACAGCUUGGAGUUCAACCAGGUUAUCAUCUUCGUCAAGAGCACGCUCCGUGCUCAAGAGCUCGACAAGCUGUUGCGCGAGUGCAACUUCCCCAGUAUCGCAGUUCACUCCGGAGUGAGCCAGGAGGAGCGUAUCAAACGCUAUAAAGAGUUCAAGGAGUUCAACAAGCGUAUCUGUGUCGCGACUGACGUGUUCGGUCGUGGUAUCGAUAUCGAGCGUAUCAACCUCGCUAUCAACUACGAUUUGCCCGGUGAUGCCGACUCCUAUCUCCACCGUGUCGGUCGUGCCGGUCGUUUUGGUACGAAGGGUCUGUCCAUCUCCUUUGUCAGCACCGAGGACGACGAGAAGGUUCUCAAGGACAUUGAGAAGCGCUUCGAAGUUGCUCUUCCCGAAUAUCCCGAGGGUGGUGUUGACUCUAGCACCUACAUGGCUUAGAUGAGUGUUAGUUAAAGCCACGGGCUGUUGAAAACGAUCAAGCUAUUUCCUUCAUAUCUCGUCGUUAGUUUUUAUUGUUUCCUUUUGGCGUGAUGGUUCGGUUACAUUUUCCUCGCUCUUCGGCGAGGCACUGGUUGGAAUAUGCCGGGAAACACCAGAGACAAUCUAGGCAGAAA